CCACAGAUAGCGCCGGGGCUGGGAUUUGAUCCCUAGUGGUCGUAGCCAUGCUCAGCGGAAAUGGUUUUUGUUACCGGGUCAUCUACCCUGUUCUGGGCCAGGCCCAGAGAGAACGCCCCCGUUCCCACUGAGACUGGGGACGCUGCCUCCCGCCUGACGCCCUCCUCUCCCGCCUCCCCCCCCCCCCAGAUGCCGGUGCAGCUGACCACAGCCCUGCGAGUGGUGGGCACCAGCCUGUUCGCCCUGGCAGUGCUCGGCGGCAUCCUGGCCGCGUACGUGACGGGCUACCAGUUCAUCCACACGGAGAAGCACUACCUGUCCUUCGGCCUGUACGGCGCCAUCCUGGGCCUGCACCUGCUCACGCAGAGCCUGUUCGCCUUCCUGGAGCACCGGCACAUGCGGCGGGCGGCCCGGCCCCUGAAGCUGCCCGCGCCGCCGCGGCGCUCCGUGGCGCUCUGCAUCGCCGCCUACCAGGAGGACCCCGACUACCUGCGCAAGUGCCUGCGCUCCGCCCAGCGCAUCGCCUUCCCCAGCCUCAAGGUGGUCAUGGUGGUGGACGGCAACCGGCAGGAGGACGCCUACAUGCUGGACAUCUUCCACGAGGUGCUGGGCGGCACCGAGCAGGCCGGCUUCUUCGUGUGGCGCAGCAACUUCCACGAGGCGGGCGAGGGCGAGACGGAGGCCAGCCUGCAGGCGGGCAUGGACCGCGUGCGGGACGUGGUGCGGGCCAGCACCUACUCCUGCAUCAUGCAGAAGUGGGGAGGCAAGCGAGAGGUCAUGUACACGGCGUUCAAGGCCCUCGGCGACUCGGUGGACUACAUCCAGGUGUGUGACUCGGACACCGUCCUGGACCCAGCCUGCACCAUCGAGAUGCUUCGAGUCCUCGAAGAGGACCCCCAAGUAGGAGGCGUUGGGGGUGAUGUCCAAAUCCUCAACAAGUACGACUCGUGGAUCUCCUUCCUGAGCAGCGUGCGGUACUGGAUGGCCUUCAACGUGGAGCGGGCCUGCCAGUCCUACUUUGGCUGCGUGCAGUGCAUCAGUGGGCCGCUGGGCAUGUACCGCAACAGCCUCCUCCAGCAGUUCCUGGAAGAUUGGUACCAUCAGAAGUUCCUAGGCAGCAAGUGCAGCUUUGGGGAUGACCGGCACCUCACCAACCGAGUCCUGAGCCUGGGCUACAGGACUAAAUACACAGCGCGUUCCAAGUGCCUCACGGAAACCCCCACCAAGUACCUCCGGUGGCUCAACCAGCAGACCCGCUGGAGCAAGUCUUACUUCCGGGAGUGGCUCUACAACUCGCUGUGGUUCCAUAAGCACCACCUCUGGAUGACCUACGAGUCCGUGGUCACCGGCUUCUUCCCCUUCUUCCUCAUAGCCACGGUCAUCCAGCUCUUCUACCGCGGCCGCAUCUGGAACAUUCUCCUCUUCCUGCUGACGGUGCAGCUGGUGGGCAUCAUCAAGGCCACCUACGCCUGCUUCCUUCGGGGCAAUGCGGAGAUGAUCUUCAUGUCCCUGUACUCCCUCCUCUACAUGUCCAGCCUCCUGCCAGCCAAGAUCUUCGCCAUUGCUACCAUCAACAAAUCCGGCUGGGGCACCUCCGGCCGGAAAACCAUCGUGGUGAACUUCAUUGGCCUCAUCCCCGUGUCCAUCUGGGUGGCAGUCCUCCUGGGAGGCCUGGCGUACACCGCCUACUGCCAGGAUCUGUUCAGUGAGACGGAGCUAGCCUUCCUCGUCUCCGGAGCCAUCCUGUACGGCUGCUACUGGGUGGCCCUCCUCAUGCUGUAUCUGGCCAUCAUCGCCCGGCGAUGCGGGAAGCAGCCAGAGCAGUACAGCUUAGCUUUUGCUGAGGUGUGACGUAACCCUCAAGCAGAGCCGGAAAAGUGCAAUGGGUGAGGGAGGGAAGGGGAAUGGAGGAGAAAAGAUGGGGUGGGAGGGAGGAGGGAAACGCUGUUUUAGUUUCUUGAUGGUCCAAAGGACGAAUCUGAAGUGCAAAGAAAGGUGACUGUAGUAUGGCCCAGGGCUGUUCUGCUUAGGGAAGGCAACACCAGCUCCAGCUCAGGGUGGUAGAGGAGACAUGUUUUCAGGCUGCCUGGCUGCUAUGUGGUGGAACAAUUCCACUCCUGCCCCAGGAUCCAGAGGGAACUCAGGAGUGUGUUAAAUCAGUCAGUUCCAACCAUAGCGGCUUCUGACAGGUACGUGAGCAAAGCCAGCUGCGGGAAGGGGUUCUCUUAGCCCAUUUGAACACGACCAGAGGUGGAGGUAGAAUUUGAGAUCUGGGCCAGCUAGCAAUGUCUCCCACCUCAAUCUAGUUAUCAAUGCAAUAAGAUUGUGCCUGAGUUACAAGGCCCGGAAGCCUGAUCUCUGGGCAUCAGAAAACAGGGUACAGGAAUGGUGCUUUAUUAUGUGUACCCCAUUCCACAUCUCCACAUCCCAAGGAUGAGCCAAACUAGCAGGGAGUUAGCAUUGAACUGCUUUAAAUAUACAUAGAUGUGAAUGUUAAAAAGGAAAACUUGACAGGAGGAACAAAGGUUGGUAGUGGUGCUCAAAGCAAUGGGCUAUAUGGAGGUAUAUAUAUAUAUAUAUUCUACCUGGAAACUGCCUAGAUCAGUGGUGGGCAAACCGUGGCUCACGAGCCACAUGCGGCUCUUUGGCCCCCUUGAGUGUGGCUCGGCGUCAGAACCACUUCUUCAAAACAGACUCGCCCAGGCCGACAACCGACUUCUGCGCGUGGGCCACGAAAUUUCAGUUGCACUGUACGUCGUAUUUUGUGGAAGAGUCACA